UUAUCUGAUAUGUCGCAUUGGGUGUCUGGUUUUGAAGAGGAAACAUCUGCAACUGGUCAUGAGGGCCUGGAUCAGUCAUCUGAGGGAUGGCUAGCUGAUUGCUUCAAUAAUGAUGAGAUGCAUUGCAGCCCUGAUGAUCUAAAUCUGUCUGGGCCAUCCGAUGUUCAAAUUGAUAUUUCAGAAUGCAGUUGGUUCUCAUUUAUACCCUCAGAAUCCAGUCCUCCGCCUUGGAAGUCAGCUCAACUUCAGUGUAGAAGGUUGGUGUAUGAUAAAAUUUUACAUUAAUUUUUAGUUGGUCACAACUAAAACUCACAAAUCCAUUUCGGAAAUCUAGAUCUAAAAGACAACAUUGAAUUAAUGUUUAAAAAGCCAUACUAAUUGUAUAUGUCAGGUAGAAAUCUUAGUCUGAAAUUGAUGAAUAAUUCAAAUGCUAUUUUUUUUUGUCUGAAAUCUAUACUAAACCAUUGGAACAGCUUAGCUCAGCUAACUCUAAUCCUUAAG